AUGGCCUCCACUGAUUCUGCAGUCUCCAACGGCGCCGAGCCCUCGGCUGCUCAGAAGCUUCUCCAGACUCAUGCCGACCACCAUCCCACUGUUGAGGACGUUCCCGAUGAGGAUCUCCCUCUGAAGUCCGGCGACUCUGCGACUUGGGCCGAACCCAUCUCCACCAAGGCUGCGGGAAAGCAGAAGGAAACCUCCGCCCCUAGCAAGAAGUUCGACCCUCAGUCCCAUGAUCUCUUCCCCGAGCUCGGGGCCAGUUCCAAGGCGCCCACCGUCGCCCCGAUCUGGGGAGCCAAGAGCAACGUUUCUACCCCUGCCAAUGGUCUUUCGCGCUCCUCGACUCCCGCUUCCGGAAAUGCCACUCCCAAGAAUGGUCCCCCUUCCAUGUCGAUCCCUGGUCGCAACGUUGAGACGGUUGUACUGGAGCCCCAGUUCAUCCUUCCGCGCGGCCAGCUGAAGCGCCCCAUUCCGGACAUCAUGAAGGAUAUCAACCGCAAGUCGCGCGCCAACAUCACUCUGUCCACCGCUACCAACGGAAGAUUGAAAUUUGACGCGACUGGCCCUCAGGACGUUGCUCAGCAGGCUCUGAAGGAUCUCGUCCAGCAGAUUGGUACCAAGACCACCAUCAAGGUCCCGAUCCCCCAGUCCGCCCGUGCUCACAUCAUCGGCAAGGGCGGCUCCGUCAUCAAGGCCAUCCAGGAGAAGUCAGGUGCCCGCGUCCAGCUUCCUAAGGCGGAGGAGGGCAGCGCCCCUGUCGACGAGGAUGACGACUCCACCAUCGAUGUUCUCGUUGAGGGCAACGCUCUGUCUGCUGCCUCGGCUCGUAACGAGAUUCUGAAGAUUGCUGGCGAGCGCACGGCCAACGUAAACACCAAGCUGCGCGGCAUCCCUGCUGAGUUCUACCCCUUUAUUGCGGGUCCUGGAAACAGCCAUGUCAACCAGUACGAGAACAACGGCGUCCAGGUUCGCGUCCCUCCCCACCAAAUCUGGGCUCCUCGUGGCCGCAACCUCGCUGCCAACGAGGGCGAGCGCCCCGUGUUCGUCCCCGCUACCGACAACCACAUCCAGUUGGCCGGUGACCGCGCCGCUGUCCAAGCCGCGCGUGCCGAGAUCGAGCGUCGUGUCCAGGAGCUGCAGAACCAGCUGGCUAUUGACCAGUUCAGUCUGCAAAAGGGACGCCACCAGUUCAUCGCCGGCCGCCGCGGCGAGUCUCUGGAUGAAUUCUUUGGCCAGACUGGUUGCACCAUCCUCCUGCCCACAGACGACGACGACGACUCUGUUACCGUCAUUGGCCCUAUCGCCCAGCUGAGCAAGGGUGUCGAGACUGCCAUGGACAGAGCUAUGAAUAUGCAGUCCACUACUUUCGACAUCGGUCGGUUCCACAAGAAUGCCCCCGGCGGCGUCAACGUUCACGCCCGUCAUGUCACACGUUACCUGCGUCACCGUGAUCUGUUUGAUGACAUUGAGAGAGCCCACAGCACUCAUAUUAGCACGCCUUUCAACGCCAGCGGUUCCUCCCCGUACGAGUUGUACUCGCGCGACGGUAAGAAGGCUCUCCAGGCCCAAUCGGCCAUCGAGAAGCUUGUCCACGCCGUUCCUCCUGCCAGAAUCGCCCCCAUUCCCGUCGACCCCUUCUACCACAACUACCUGGUCAAGGAUGUUGGCCCACGCAUGAGGAACAGCCAUGGUGUCCACGUCAUUCUACCCGAGUCUGGUGAGCCGGACGCUCCCGUUCUGUUGGUCUUUGAGGGCCCUACUGCUCCCGAGCCCAAGCCCGAGAUCAAGACCGGCCGCCCAUCCGAUGACGAGAUCCGUACUUUCCAAGAGGCCCUGGAGGUUGCGCGCAAGCAAAUCUUGGACAUCAUCAACAAGCAGGAGCAGAUCGCCUCUGCCUCCAUCGAUGUGCCCCAGAAGUUCCACGAGCGGCUCCGUCGCUUCAUCAAGAAGGAGCAGGCAAACCGGGCCGAUGACCAGAUUCCCAUCCGUGUGUCUUCCGUCGGUACUGUCGUUACCCUGCGUGGUCCCGCCUCCGCUGUCAAGAAGCUUGAGGACAAGGUCAUCGCCUUCGUUGAGCAAGAAAAGGAGGAUGAGAAGGAGCGUGGUUUCACAAUGUCUUUUGACUUCCCCCAGAAGUUUGCCAACCACCUCAUUGGCAAGGGCGGCUCGAACAUCAAGGAGCUUCGCGACCGCUUUGACGUUGAGAUUCAGGUUCAGGAUGGCAAGGUCGAGCUUAAGGGUCCCAAGGCUAAGGCCGAGGCUGCCAAGGCACACAUUAGCUCCCUCAGCCGCACCCUGGCCGAUGAGGUGACCCACAUCCUCAAGGUUGACCCCAAGUUCCAUCGCGAGCUCAUCGGCGCGGGAGGAAGCGUCACGAACCGCUUGCAAAACAAGUACAAGGUCUUGAUCUUCUUCCCGCGGUCUGGCAAGAGCCCCAAGGACGACGAGGUGAACGCCGACGCUGUCAGCGAUGCCGGCAAGCCUAAGCGCCACCAGGAGCCCGACGAGGUCAUUGUCCGCGGUCCCAAGAAGGGAGCGGAUGAGGCUCGCGACGAGAUCCUCUCUCUCCUCCAGUACUUGAAGGACACCUCUUUUACAGCGACGGUCUCCGUCCAACAGAAGCAGGUCCCGUCCAUCAUUGGACAGGGUGGUGCUGCCCUGGAGGAGCUACGCAUUUCUUCCGGCGCCAAGAUUGAUAUUCCUAGCGGCCGCGACGCCGACACCGUUGAGAUCCAGAUCAAGGGCACCAAGGCUCAGGUGGCGGCUGCUAAGAAGGCGCUCGAGGAGAAGAGAGAUGUUUUCAACGACACCAUUGUGAGAACCAUUGAGGUGGAUAAGAAGCACCACAAGUCUCUCAUUGGAACCGGAGGCGCCAACCUCCGUGACCUGGUUAUCAAGGCUGGCGGGUCCGAUGACCGCCGCGAGCUUGCCCGUACCAUUCAGUUCCCCAAGCAGGAGGCUGAUGGCCACACGAUCAAGGUUGAGGGUCGCUCUGACAUUGUUAACAAGAUCUGCGCAAGGAUCGAAGAGAUCGUCGCGGAGAAGGAGAGUCAAAUUACCGAGGUUCUGGACGUCCCCACUGAAAAACACAGGACCCUGAUCGGCCGCGGUGGUGAUGCUAAGCGACAGCUCGAGGCCCAAUUUACUGUCUCGAUCGACAUCCCCCGCCAGGGUGACGGCAAGACCGGUGUCAAGAUUACUGGCCGGCCCGAGAACGUAGAGAAGGCUAAGGAGCACAUUGCCUCUCUCGUCAAGGAGCAGGAAGGAGAGACCCUCCAGGUUCCCCGCAGCCUGCAUCACUCCAUCUCCAACAAUGGCCAGUUCUUCCGCCAGCUCCGCAACAACCACCAGAUCUCUGUCGACCAUGCUGGCCAGAGUGUACCUCCCAAACCCAGUAGCGCCAGCCGCAGCAAUGGCAGUGCUCUGCCUCUGAUCACCGAUGACGACGACGCCACCGCUGAUGUCCACUCGUGGAAGGUUGUGGACAGCGCUGCCGGCGAGGACGGCGACAUCGCCUGGGUUCUCCGUGGCUCUCCCGAGAACAUCGAGAAGGCCAAGGCCGCCAUCGCCUCGGCCAUCGAGCAGGCCCGUAAGAACACCCACACGGGCUACCUGGUUCUGCCCGACCCCAAGACCUACCGCUAUGUCAUCGGCCAGGGUGGCAGCAAGGUCAACUCGAUCCGCAAGCAAAGCGGCUGCAAGAUCAACGUGCCCCGCAACGAUGACAAGGAGGAUGCCAUUGAGGUCAUUGGCACCGCCGAGGGUGUUGAGAAGGCCAAGGGCUUGAUCCUGGACGCCGUCAAGGAGGGACUCAGCUCUCGUGUGUCCCGGGACUAG